AGAUAGUGGGAGAAGAGAAAGAGAAGAAAAAUGACGACGAGGUUCAAGAAGAACAGGAAGAAGAGAGGCCACGUCAGCGCCGGCCACGGUCGUAUCGGAAAACACCGUAAGCACCCUGGAGGUCGUGGUAACGCCGGUGGCAUGCACCACCACCGAAUCCUGUUCGACAAAUAUCACCCCGGUUACUUCGGGAAGGUUGGAAUGCGUUACUUCCACAAGCUCCGCAACAAGUUCUAUUGCCCCAUUGUCAACAUCGACAAGCUGUGGUCUUUGGUUCCCCAAGAGGUUAAGGACAAUCCUUCUAAGGAUAAGGCACCAUUGAUCGAUGUCACCAACUUCGGGUUCUUUAAGGUUUUGGGCAAGGGGGUUUUGCCACAGAACCAGCCCCUCGUCGUUAAGGCCAAACUCGUUUCCAAGAUUGCUGAGAAGAAGAUCAAGGAGGCUGGAGGUGCCGUUGUCCUCACCGCUUGAUCUUAACGGUAUUCAAUUUUAAAAUUUAUUUGAAAUUUAGGGUUUUGAACUGUUGCGAUCUGUAGUGACUUAGUUGUAAUAUGAGAUCUCAUGUUUUAGUCUCGUUUUUUAUGCUGAAUGUUUUGAAUUAUCAUUUUUGUUUUUUAUUACUUAACAAAGUGAAUGGAUGCUGUGUG